AUGGCUCAUCAACAACCAACCGCGCGCAAUGUUCUCUUGGCCAAAGCAGAAGACUUACAGCGCGAUGCGAAUGGCCAUUGGGAGUACAAAGCUGGCACUCGCGGAUAUCCCACACGCGCGGUACAACCCACUCCGCGCUUCGAUCUCAUUACACCAAUAAUUGCUCUCGACGGCGAGUUCCAGCUCGCCAAAGUCGAGUCAACUGGAAAACACAUCCAGCGAAUCGGCCGGAUUUCCAUCGUCAAUUACUUUGGCCAUGUCAUCUUUGACGCAUUCGUACAUUAUCCAGAUGAGGAUGGCUUCACUAAGAAACUUCCACCAAGAUGCCUUGGCCUCGGGGUAUACAAGCAAGACGUCCAACUUCGCAACGGUGCUCUUCCAAUUCAUCAGGUAGAGCAGAUUGUGCGCGCAAUCAGCAAAGAUUGUGUCAACGUUGGCCACGCUUUCAAGAACGACAUCGCUGUCUUCCAUCCUUUCGUAUUCGACGGCGUCAAGAAAAGAGAUACUCAGAUGCUGCCAGAAUACCGGCAGUAUGCUACUGGCUCCCGGCGAUUGCCAAAGCUGAGCGUCUUGGCGAAGGAAAUUCUCAACGUGGUCAUCCAGGGAGUGGAACACUCAAGUGUCGAAGAUGCCCAAGCAACGAUGUUGCUUUACCGUCAUCGCGAAGCAGAGUUCGAGGUUCUCCAGAGCCAGGAUGUCCACUAUGCUAGUCUGGGCGAUUUGGAUGAAGGCUUUGUUGACUGGGAGGAUGUAGAAGGUUGCGACUUGGGUGAUCUCGAGAAUCAGGUGGAGGCAGGAGAAGAGUGCGAGGUCUGGGUGCUUCCUCCGAUUAGGGAGGCCGAGGUUGCCAAAGCCUAUCACGAGAAUGCGACUUUCUGGAAGGCGAAGAGUAGUGCUCUAAAGGAGAGUCUCGCAGCAGACAAGUGCAAGAAUGGGACCUUGCGCCGUCUUUCUUAA